UUGGCUGCCUCCACUCACACAGUUCGUUCCGGUACAUGUCAUGUGCAUGUGAGUGAAGUAUCUCCUUCCGUCAGAGCGCACAAGGAUCUACAUCUAUUAUCAGAACAAAAGAAACGCAAGUUGCAAAGCGUUCGCCCAUAGUGAAAGAUCCUGUAAUGCAGCAACCAUGAGCAGCAGCGGCAGCAAGGCCAGAUACGAGCUGAAAGAAGAGGUUGCCUCAGAGAGAGGGGACGCCGACGGAGAGGGAUUGGCGGGUUCAGGUACAUGUAUGCAUGUAGAUACCCCUUCGAAACAUCAACCCUCUGUAUUCUUUAUACAAAACCUGGCUGGAAAGUCAGUUUCGAUUCCAUUUAAUCCGGAAAUGACGGUUGGGGAGCUUCAGAAACAAAAUGAAUUUGACCACGGCCUGAUGCGUAGACGGGGAACAUGGGACGCUGGUGUAGCUCCCAGAGAGGGGGAGAAAAUUCCAGCCGAGAGACAGUGUUUGGUCUUUGAGGGAAGAAAGCUUGACGCAAAUUCAAGACUGGCCGAUUGCGGUGUUUCGUCCAAUUCCAAACUUUAUCUCAUUGAGCUUCAACCUCGUGGAAUAAGAAGCAGCCGCCCCAAUGAUAACGGUUGCACCAUUCCUCAAACAGAGUUUCGAUCCAUCACCCUACGACAACUCAAAGAAAUGGCCAUAGAAAUGAUGUUCCGCUGUCACAAGGACACUUGGACCAGCACCAAUCCUGCUCAAAAAGGAAAAAGGCUGCUACCGGAAGAGGUGACUCUCUACGAUCUCACACACUACUUCAUCAAGCCCGUCACAAAAGAACGCCAGUGCAGUUACGUUGAACUGAUUGCAGAUGCUCCUAGGGAGUGUAUGUGGUUCUGCAGCCAUUGGUGGGGCGCCCCAGUUCUGCACUUCAUUGCUUGUUUGGAACAACACGCCAUGGAUCGAUACCUGCCUCAUGCAGCAGACAAAGUCACUUAUUGGAUAUGUGCCUACUCCAACAAUCAACACAACAUACAAGAAGAAGUUCACCACAGCAGCCCGACAGACAGCUCGUUCUACAGGGCCAUGCAACUUUCCAAGGGUACAGUGUCAAUUCUUGAUGCAGACAGGGUCUGCUAUUCACGGAUUUGGUGUGGAUUCGAGGUGUCGGUUGCAAUUCGAGAUAUUGCAGAACAAAGGACGGAGAAAUACCUUUAUGAUAUCUACAGUGUUAGUCGACAAGAGCUGCAGCCUGUAGGUAUCACAGAUGGCUAUACUGCUAUGGAUGUGGACAGGCAAAGAAGGCACAAAGAGAUCCACAAUGAGGAAAGGGAGAUUCUUCGUUUUCAAAUGGAAAGACAAGAAAUGUUCCCCUUCACCCCAGAAGUCCUUGAUGUUUGUAUUGAGAAAGGAGAGGCUUCCGUGGAAGAAGACAAGUGGAAGAUUCUCAACUUCGUCAGCGGUCUUCGAAAUGGGAAUACACUACAGGUUCCUCCCAAAACGCACAAAUCCUAUGAUGAAGUCAAUGCUCUACUACGAGGGCGAUUUGCUAUUGCAACCUACAGGAUUGCACUGGACAAUAAUUUCCAAAUGGAGAAAUACAGAGAAGGAUUGACACAAUAUCCAGGUUUGAUCCAUCUUGAAAUGAGUUUUCUUGGGUGCACAGCCUUUCAAAAUGAAGCCAAGAACUUCAUGCUGUCUCUUCCAGUAUCAUUGCUGUCUCUUGACUUGGACUACUCGGAGAUUUACUUCGACACUUCAGAUGACUUCAUCAUUGGAUUGAACCGCCUCAACAGGCUGGAGUCGUUUGCCUUGAAGUUGCCAGACUGCGAUGCAACAACAUCUGUUGCAACCAUCUUUUCAGAACUCUACAGUCUGGCUCCAACCCUCCAAAAUCUCUCACUCAAUUUCAAGGGAUGCUUUUCUUUGGACUCUUCUGAGCAUUCUUUCAAAACAACUCUGCCAACACUGAUCAACCUCAAAUUCCUGAAGCUGAGUUUUGUACGCAGGAAGUUGGCAUUAAUACUUCAGCCGCUGACAGAGCUUGACAAUUUGCAGACCCUUGAUUUGAGUUUUGAGGAAGACUUGCCCAAAGGAGACUAUUUCUGUUCAACUUUCUCUGCCAUGACGGGACUGAAGAACCUUUAUUUGGAAUUCGGUCAAACAUGGAGCUUGACCUCAAUCAAUGGGCUUCUUGAGGAAAUCACACGCACCAAUGGUUUAGAAGUCCUUUCUGUGAAGGGUCUCUACGAUGGGUAUGUCAUUACAAAAUGCCCGCGUCUGCAGGGUUUAGAGUCAGGAAACAGUCAUUGA